CUUCAGAUUCUUUCCUAGCUCAGCCCCAGCCCUUUUGCUCAGUUGUUUUCUAUCUCUCUCCUAGCCCCCGCCCCCUAUCUCACUCUGGCCCUCCCUAUCUCGCGCCUGCUUCAACCCUCCCUCUCCCAAUCCCCGCCCCUCAGCUUCCAACUUCCGUUCUGUCCUCCGGGGGCUGGGCCUGUCCGGUUUCCCGGCACCCCCCCGCGCGGCCUCGACCUUCCCUGCAAGCUCGGGUGCCGCCGCGGACUGUGCGCCCGGCCUGCUCAGUUUCAGUUUAUUUCCCAUGAAGUUGGCCGGCUGAUACCUUGGAGAUGUUCACAAGGAAACAAGUGAAGCAACUUCUGCAGAGGAUACCUGGAAAACAGCGCUUUGGUGUCUAUAGGUUUCUUCCUUUCUUCUUUGUUCUGGGAGGAGCAAUGGAGUGGUUUAUGAUCAAAGUCCGAGUUGGCCAGGAGACCUUCUAUGAUGUAUAUCGAAGAAAAGAAUCAGAGAGACAGUACCAAAGAAGGCUGGAAGAAGAAUCUUGAGAAGCAUGAAUGGUGGAGCCUUAGUUUUCAACAAAACAAGUAGCCAUAAGUCAAAUGUGAAUGUGAACUGUUUUCACUUUGGGUUUCUCUGUCAUGUAAGAAACCCAUUCAUUAAUGCCCUCUUGUGGCCAGAUCAUGGAUCUUCACCCCACCCUGUCCAAAACAUCUGUGUGAAGAAGGGUUUUCUGUCUUAGUAUUUUCAUACUUUAAUGUUUGAAAAGGAGUAUAACGGUUUCUUUAGGAGGGCUUUCAGAGCAGAUUGAAUUAAAUGAGUAUGUUUUAGAUCAUUAAUAAUAAUUUUAAAGUAUUGCUUUGUGAUGAAAUUUUAAAUAAAUUAAAUCAUGAACAACUGUGA